GGGAUUGGGACUCCAAUGGUGCGUGUGCAAGUGCGCAAAUGCACAAAUCCAUGGAGCACAGAGUGGACACGGAUCCCUCGCGUCCCAAGACCUUUGCCCUCCUCCGGCCCUUGCUUGGCUUUGGCUCGGUGUUUGCCUUCCUCUGUUGACACUGGCUCCGAAAAGGGGGCGGAGGGGGAGGAGGGCGGUGGGAGGGGGUCCAUGGGGGGGGCGGCACAGGUGAUCCAGGCAGCGUCCCGAGAAGAAGGGCCCGGACUCUCCAUGGAGCCAAAGCCACGGCAGCCACAGAGGCCAUGCCUCCAGAGAGCCCCCCAGGAGGAGGCGUGGCCCCCCGAGGCCCCCAGGGCCCCCGUCAAGAGGGACCACCACCACCGGAUCUUUGUGAACCGGAGCCUGGCGCUGGAGAAGAUCAAGUGCUUUGGCUUUGAUAUGGAUUACACGCUGGCAAUGUACAAGUCUCCCGACUACGAGGAGCUGGCCUUUGCGUUGCUGCUGGAACGCCUGGUCUCCAUCGGGUAUCCUAAGGAGGUCCUGGCCUACAAGUAUGACCCCACCUUCCCCACCAGGGGCCUGGUCUUUGACGCUCUCUAUGGGAACCUGCUGAAGGUGGACUCCCACGGCAACCUCCUGGUCUGCGCCCACGGCUUCCGCUUCCUCAAGGGAGCCGAAAUCUGGAACUUUUACCCCAACAAGUUCAUCCAGAGGGACGACACCAAGCGGUUCCAUAUCCUGAACACCUUGUUCAACCUGACAGAGACCUUCCUCUUUGCCUGCCUGGUGGACUUCUUCACCAACUGCUCCAGAUACGUCAACUGUGAGACCGGCUACAAGCACGGCAACCUCUUCAUGUCCUUCCGCAGCAUCUUCCAAGACGUCCGCGAGGCCAUGGACCACGUCCACCUGUCGGGCUCCCUGAAGGAGAAGACGUUGCAGGACCUGGAGAAGUACGUGGUGAAAGACGAUCGGAUCCCGCUGCUCCUGAGCCGCAUGAAGGAGGCCGGGAAGGUCUUCCUCGCCACCAACAGCGACUACAGCUACACCGACGCCAUCAUGACGUACUUGUUCAACUUCAACCACGAAGGAGAGGAUGGACCUCGCCCUGCCCAUCGCCCCUGGCGCUCCUAUUUCGACCUCAUCGUGGUGGACACUCGCAAGCCGCUCUUCUUCGCGGAGGGGACGGUCCUGCGCCAGGUCAACACCGACACAGGGAAGCUGCGGAUUGGGACCUACACGGGGCCGCUCCAGCACAGCACCGUCUACUCUGGAGGCUCCUCGGACGUGGUGUGCGACCUCCUGGGGGUCAAGGGGAAGGACAUCCUCUACAUCGGGGACCACAUCUUUGGGGACAUCCUCAAGUCCAAGAAGCGACAGGGCUGGAGGACCUUCCUGGUGGUGCCCGAACUGGCCAAGGAGCUCCACGUCUGGACCGAGAAGAGCGAACUCUUUGAGGAGCUGCGGAGUCUGGACGUCUUCCUGGCGGAGCUGUACCAAUACCUGGACAGCGGGAGCAACGAGCGUCCGGAUAUCAGCGCCCUCAAGAAGCAGAUCCAGAAAGUCACCCAUGAGAUGGACAUGUGCUACGGGAAGAUGGGCAGCCUCUUCCGCUGCGGCUCCCGCCAGACCCUCUUUUCCAGCCAGCUGACCCGCUACGCCGACCUCUACGCCGCCUCUUUCGUCAACUUCCUCUACUACCCUUUCAGCUACCUCUUCCGGGCACCCCCAACCCUGGUACACAUGCCCCAUGAAUCCACUGUGGAGCACAUGCGGUUGGACAUCACGGAGGGCUUCCAAGUCCGGCAGCGGGAUCUCCAAAGUGUUUCCCAAGAGGCCAACCACUGUGAAGAGCAAGAGAAUUGAACCCCCCCUCCCAACAAUUAUCCCGUCAAUAACAUGCCUGAGAUGAUGGAGACGUGGGCUUCGCAGAGAGGGAGGAGGUGGUGGCGGAAAGGCAAGGGGCUGCAGGAAAACUCCCCUUCCCCAAAUGUCUUCCUAGAGGCUGCCCCGAGGGCGAAGCUCCCCUCGCUCUGUUCCCGCACUCGGCCCUUCCUCCCCAAGGCCUGCCUCACAUUGUAUUUGCUUCCCAGAGGAAACCUGCCCUGCAAAGAAGCAAGAAUAAAGACUUCUGCCGUCCUCUCUCUUGCUGUUAAGAAUUCGAGAAACCCCCCUGUCAACAAGAGCUUGCGGAUGGGCCCUUAAAUAUUGGAUCAUG